AAGAUCUAGAAAAUGGCAGAUAAAAGAGCGAGAUCCUCACCUACUGGUGAAACACCAAUUCAGGAAACGAAGAGAUCUACAAGAACUCCAUGGAGUGAUCAAGAAAAAGAAUUUUUGGAGAAGUAUGUUAAAACAGCAGGUGGUAUUCCCAGAGCCAGCACUAUGAAAUUUUGGGAGGGAUGUGCUGAAGAUCUGAACAAAACAUUUAAUACAGCAAGAACAGUCUGGAACCUAGGCCUCACCUGAAAAUGGAGCAGCUUCCAACUUUUAAAAACACAGACACCACCACUGAAGCUGAAAAAUCAGUACAAUCCUCUCUUUUGGACAGAUUGGGUUCAGAUUUUAUGUUUUCAAGUGAUCAAAAAUCGGAGUGUAUUAAUGUUAUUUUAAACUGCAAAACAAAGGGGGAUUUUAUUGAUUAUUUAUUUCGUGAUGCAGAAUUUAAAUCAGAAUUUUCAAGAAAAUUGUCAAAGGAAAUUGAGUUGAAUGCAUCAACUAAAUGUAUCAGAAAUUCAGAUAGUUAUCUUUUCAGCAAGAAUUAUGAUGACCUUAAACAAUUUUCAUUUCAGAAUGUCAUGCAGGAAAUGAGUCAGUGCCAACCAGAUCUCCUCAAAUUCCUACUAGCAGUAGCAGUCCCUAGCAACCGAAUAGGAAAACCUGUCUCCUCCCUCCUUCCAAAAUUAGGUCUCAUAUACAGCAUUUUAAUGUCAUCGAGAUUCCAUGAGCUAUCUCGAUUGCAAAGAGUUGUAAGUACAGUUUUGAUGGAGGAGCAGGUCCAUGAAAAGGUUUUUGACAGACUACAGAAAUUAGGUGUUUCAACAUCCCCUGAUGUAUGUUCCAGACUACUUGAUGAUUUUGGGGGGCAUUUUAACAAUGAAGUAAUAGCAUUGUUGCAUGCAGGGAAAUCAUUUAGAUUUAUUGGGGAUAAUGUUAAUUUUACUGUUGGUGUCAAGAGUGAAAGACAAGAUUCAAAACCUCAAGUUUGCAAUUGGUUUGCAUCUUGUCUUAUCACUCAGACACUAACUUUUCCAGAUUUGUUAGACAUUCCACAGGGGAGGACAAGAGACCUAGAUGUUUCCCAUUUCCUACCGACAGCAAACGAUGAAAGAAAAUUGAAAGACGAUUACAAAGUCCUCAUUUCAAGAAUAGCCAAGACCUUCCUUCCCCACUUAACAUUCCUCUACGAGGGGCAGCCCAAACAUAUACUAGGUCAGUAUUCUCAUUAUUACAAACAGAAAAAUGUUGUUAUGCCCAGCAAAGUUCUGCCACUGAAUGAACAAAAUUAUGCAGACUGCGUAAAAAUUCUUAGUGAAUAUGAGGAUACUUUAGAGAACAUCUUCAGACAAGCAGGCAUUGAUCUUGAUCAUGCUAGACCAAUUCAUAUUGGUGGGGAUCAGCUAACUCGCGAAAGGUUCUCUGGGGCCAAAAGUCUCAAAUCGGGUUGUUUUUCCGCCAAAGAAAGAUUUGAUCACCUUUCUCCUAUUACUUUUGAGUUAUGGCAUACUGCCAUGAACUUUUUAAAAUUGAUUUUUGCCCAACUGUACAACAAAUGUGGCAGUGACAAAGGUACUAUUGAAGGUGAGCGAGUGUUGAGGCAAAGGGAUAAUGUCAAAGAAGAUGUCAAAAACAAUUACGACCAGGAUAAGGACUUCUUUUUGUCCUUUCUCAAAGCUUAUGUAGUGGAGGCUCUGUGCUCUUUCUUUGGCAUGAAUACAAAGUUGGACAAUCCCACAAAACACAUUUUUCCUCCAGAUUUAUCUAAGGCAGAGAGAAAAAAUUGGGUAGAGAAAACUUUGGAUGAAUUUUUGGACCAAUAUGUUUUUGCACAAAAAUCAGAUGCUUCCCUUUCACAAAUGCAUGAAAUUGAAGAACGCAGAGCUGUUCCUCUAAAUGUCACACUUCCAGGGGGGGGGCAAAUAUUGUGA